CACUUGGGGGUCAAUCCCAUCCCACAACUUCCAUGGGGUAAUGACGCUGAAAGCUAUGAUUGGGCAAUAGAACGUGGCCGCUGCCUGUCCACCAAUGGUCAAGAGAAUGACCGGGUCCUGUACCACAAAUUGGAGGGGUUACAUCGUAUCAGCACGGGCCCAAUCACAGCUUUGAGAGAAGACGGGAGAAUCUUCAGAAGAGGGGCCUCCAGUGCACGUGUGUUUGUAGUAGAUAAGAUUUUGUUUGAUCUUUAUGCUUAAUAUUUAGGUAAGAGGGAAUUUAUAGGAGGGGAAAGUGGCCAAUUCGAGGCAACAAUGGAUGCGUCUCCAAAUCCACAGACAAAGACAGUUGGGAACAUUCCGUCUCCAUCAGCAGCCAACUUGGCCACGUUGCAGUCCUACAGGCCGCUGGUGAACGAUGUUUACGCGCCACCCUCCUUGGGCUUCACACAGGGAUCCAGCAGCAGCCAGGUACCCCAGAGUAAGUAUUCAGAGCUGCUGGCCAUCAUCGAGGAGCUAGGGAAGGAGAUCCGGCCCACCUACGCCGGCAGCAAGAGUGCCAUGGAGAGAAUAAAACGAGGUAUCAUCCAUGCCAGGGGACUGGUGCGGGAGUGCUUGGCAGAGACUGAGAGAAAUGCCAGGUCCUAGCUACAGAAGCACUACCCUCUCCUGUAGAAGAACCAAUACUCUCACUCACCAUGUCAAAGACCACUGCAUGGCACAUCCUCUAAAAAGAGGAAUGGAAAACAAAAUAAGGGAUGGUUAAAAAGGUCAAGAAAAUGUUUGUGAAAGGUUCAGAUUUGAGAAAAGGAGGGAAAGGGGACACUAGAAUAGAAUUCAGAAUUCAACGGAUUUGGUUUUUGUUCAUGCCCCGUUUUGGGGUCACAGUUUCCUGACUUCAUAUUUAAAAUUAAUAGUAAUUUUUGCAUGCAAACGUAUGGGUCAAUCAUGGCCUUCAGUUAAUUGUAGACAUUGCAUGGCUUGUACCGGAUUAGACUAGGAGAGGAACACUUUUUGGUAGAUGUUGGUCUGAAUUCCAGACCCUUAAUGGUUGAACAAGUGAAGGACAGAAAUGUGCCAAAUACAUUUGUUCAUUCAUGUUGAGGUUCUUUUUUGGGAUCAAUAAUGAAAAUGCUGUUACUUGCAUCUUUGUAUGUAUUUAUUACUUGUGUAAUAAAAUGUAUUUUCAAUACAAA